AUGGUCAUGGGCCUCGUUUCGGUACCUGGUCGUCGAAGGACCGGCAGUAGCAGCACCCGCUCCUCGAACGAAGACCCUCGCGGUCCCGACGCCGAGGAUGAUACCCUCGUCGUGGAGCCUGAUCAGGGCAAUGUCCUCUCGCACAUCAUCUCGCAACUACGGCCUGGAGCCGAUCUGAGUCGUGUCGUCCUCCCUACCUUCAUUCUCGAACCCCGCAGCAUGCUCGAGCGCAUCACAAACUUCAUGUGCCACCCCGAAAUGCUACUCCAUAUCCCAACCAUAGAUGAUCCUGUCGAGCGUUUCGUAUCUGUAGUCAAGUUUUACCUCAGUGGAUGGCAUAUUCGUCCCCCAGGCGUCAAGAAGCCUCUAAACCCGAUCCUUGGCGAAAUCUUCACCUGCUACUGGGACUUUGAGGGCAACAAGCGCGCAUACUACAUCUCGGAACAAACCUCGCACCAUCCUCCCAAGUCGAGCUAUUUCUACAUGGCCCCUGAGCAUCACAUUCGAAUUGAUGGAACCCUCAAACCCCGAAGUCGGUUCCUCGGAAACUCUGCCGCCAGUUUGAUGGAAGGAAUUGCGUUCUUGAGCCUACUCAACCGCGGCAAGGAUCCGUCAAGGGGAGAGCAAUAUAUCCUGACUCAACCCAACAUGUAUGCUCGAGGAAUCCUGUUCGGCAAGAUGAAAUACGAACUCGGAGACCACAGCUUUGUCCGAUGUCCUGAGCUUGACCUGGUUGCCGAUGUUGAUUUCAAGACAAAGGGCUGGGUUGGUGGCACAUACAACGCGAUUGGAGGUGUAAUCAAGAGAGAGAGCACUGGCGAAGUCUUGUUUGAGCUGUCUGGACUGUGGAGCGAAGAGAUGUACAUCAAGGAUAUGACGACUGGCCACCGAGAAAUGUUCUUCAACGCUAUCCGAUCAAAGCCCUCACCACCAACCGUACGACCGAUUGCGGAGCAAGAAGAGCGAGAGUCACAGCGACUUUGGGAAAAGACAGCCAAGGCUGUCAAGGAGCGAAACCACGAGGUUGCUACAGAUGAAAAGACUAAGAUCGAGGACCGGCAACGCGAGGAGGCUGCUCAUCGAGCACAGGAAAACGUCGAGUGGCACCCGCGAUUAUUCAGAAGGGUUCAUGGUGGCCCUGGAGGUCUAGAGGAGGGCGAAGAAGACCUGGAAUGGGUCAUCAACGCAACUAUUGACCAUACCCUGAGCCCAGACAAGCAAGCCGAGCAGAUUAUGGCCAUUUACCCUAUUGUCAAAGGCCAGAAGCCAGACCAGCGGCACAUGAUCCCACCUCACAGCCCUUCUGCGAAGCCCAUCAAGACACACGAGACCAAGCCGGUUGAGAACCACAUCGACGACAACUUGAUUGAUUUUGACGAUACGCCUGCACCUGCGCCCGCACCCGUCGCUGCACCAGUACCUGCGAAACCGGCUCCCACUGAGCCCGUGACGAAACAGUCCGAGAUUCAGACGUUGCUGACUUCGACUGGCAAGCCGGCUGACGGACCCCUGAUCGACUUCACCAACGACCUAAAGAAGGAAUUACCAUCCACGACACAGCAAUAA